AUGGAGAGAGUCGCGGUGAAAGCAGAGAGGAAAGAGCUAGGGAUAUCAUGCAUGCUUAAUACAGAGGUUGGUGCAGUCCUUGCGGUAAUUCGUAGACCCCUUGCAGAAAGUUACCUUUCUCCGCAAGAAACAGACCACUGUGAUUCAUCAGUCCAACAAUCUCUCAAAUCUCUAAGAGCCCUUAUCUUCAAUCCUCAGCAAGAAUGGCGAACCAUUGAUCCUUCCGUUUACCUCUCUCCUUUCCUUGAAGUUAUCCAAAGCGAUGAGAUCCCUGCUAGCGCCACAGCUGUCGCUCUCUCCUCGAUCUUGAAGGUCCUUAGAAUCGAGAUUUUCGAUGAGAAAACUCCUGGUGCUAGAGACGCCAUGAAUUCCAUCGUUUCAGGGAUCACAAGUUGUCGUCUUGAGAAAACAGAUUCGGUGUCUGAAGAUGCAGUGAUGAUGAGGAUUCUUCAAGUUUUGGUCGGAAUCAUGAAACAUCCAGCCUCGGAACUAUUAGAAGAUCAAGCGGUUUGCACAAUCGUUAAUACAUGUUUCCAAGUGGUACAACAAUCUUCUGGUAGAGGAGAUUUACUACAAAGAAACGGAAGAUACACAAUGCACGAGCUGAUUCAGAUCAUCUUCUCUAGAUUACCUGAUUUUGAGGUCAGAGGAGAUGAAGGUGGUGAGGAUUCAGAAUCUGACACUGACGAAAUCGACAUGAGCGGCGGGUAUGGGAUCAGAUGUUGCAUCGACAUUUUUCAUUUCUUGUGUUCGUUGCUCAAUGUUGUUGAAGUUGUCGAGAACUCGGAAGGGACAAGCGUUCACACCGCAGACGAAGAUGUCCAGAUUUUCGCUUUGGUUCUAAUCAAUAGCGCGAUUGAGUUAAGUGGUGAUGCUAUUGGACAACAUCCUAAGCUUCUUCGGAUGGUUCAAGACGAUCUGUUUCACCAUUUGAUCCAUUAUGGAGCUUCUUCAAGCCCUCUUGUGCUCUCCAUGAUCUCUAGUUGUAUACUCAAUAUUUAUCACUUCCUCCGCAAGUUUGUGAGGCUACAACUUGAAGCUUUCUUCUCCUUCGUGUUGUUGAAAGUUACAGCUUUCACAGGCUUCCUUCAGCUACAAGAAGUUGCUCUUGAAGGUCUAAUCAACUUUUGUCGACAGCCUGCGUUCAUAGUUGAAGCCUAUGUGAACUAUGACUGUGAUCCAAUGUGUAAAAGUGUGUUCGAAGAGACCGGGAAAGUUCUCUGCAGGCACACCUUCCCUACCUCUGGUCCUUUAACCUCUCUGCAAAUCCAAGCUUUUGAAGGUCUUGUGAUCUUGAUUCACAACAUCGCGGACAAUAUGGACAGAGAGGAAGAUGAAGGUGAUGAAGAAGGAUCCAAUGCUAUUAAGCCAAGCCCUGUUGAGAUUCACGAGUACAUACCGUUUUGGAUAGAGAAUCCAAAAGAGGAUUUCGAGACAUGGGUCGAUCAUAUAAGAGUGAGAAAAGCGCAGAAGAGGAAGCUAGCCAUCGCAGCGAAUCAUUUCAACAGGGAUGAGAAAAAGGGUUUGGAGUAUUUGAAGUAUAACCACUUAGUCUCAGAUCCUCCUGAUCCAAUGGCAUUAGCUUCAUUUUUCAGAUUCACACCUGGUUUGGAUAAGACAAUGAUCGGAGACUACCUUGGAGAUCCUGAUGAGUUACAUCUCAGUGUUCUUAAAAGCUUUACAUAUACAUUUGAGUUCACGGGAAUGAAUCUUGAUACCGCAUUGAGAACGUUCCUCGAGUCGUUUCGGUUACCUGGAGAGUCUCAAAAGAUCGAACGUAUGAUUGAAGCUUUCUCUGAGAGAUUCUACGAGCAACAAUCAUCAGAGAUCUUUGCAAGCAAAGACACUGUUCACAUUUUGUGCUACUCGCUUAUAAUGCUCAACACGGAUCAACAUAAUCCUCAAGUUAAGAAGAAGAUGACAGAAGAUGAGUUUAUCCGCAACAACCGAGCAAUCAACGCGGGAAAAGAUCUUCCGAGAGAAUACCUUUCAGAGCUUUUCCAAUCCAUUUCAACAAACGCAUUCGCUUUAUCAACACAUUCUGGUCCGGUGGAGAUGAAUCCAAACAGAUGGAUUGAGCUUAUGAACAGAACAAAGACGACACAACCCUUUAGUCUCUGUCAGUUCGAUCGACGAAUAGGAAGAGAUAUGUUUGCAACCAUUGCAGGUCCGUCCAUAGCAGCUGUUUCAGCAUUCUUUGAGCAUUCAGAUGAUGAUGAGGUGCUUCAUGAAUGUGUUGAUGCUUUGAUCUCUAUAGCCAGAGUUGCACAGUAUGGUCUUGAAGACAUUCUUGAUGAAUUAAUCGCUUCUUUUUGUAAAUUCACAACGCUGCUAAACCCUUACACCACACCUGAAGAGACUCUGUUUGCGUUUAGUCAUGAUAUGAAACCGAGGAUGGCUACUCUCGCGGUUUUCACGUUAGCUAACAACUUCGGCGAUUCUAUUAGAGGAGGGUGGAGGAACAUUGUGGAUUGUCUCUUGAAACUCAGAAAGCUUCAGCUUCUUCCACAAUCUGCCAUUGAGUUUGAGACCACAGAUGAAGAAGCCUUAAACAAUGGUGGAUCAGAACUUGACUUAAACGUUGUUCCGAACCAAGACACGAAAUUUAACAGAAGACAAGGCUCUAGUUUGAUGGGAAGGUUCUCACACUUCUUGGCGUUAGACAGUGUGGAAGAAUCUGUGGCUCUAGGAAUGAGUGAGUUUGAGCAAAAUCUUAAAGUCAUAAAACAGUGCAGAAUCGGUCAGAUAUUCAGCAAAAGCUCUGUGUUGCCAGAUGUUGCAGUGUUGAAUCUAGGCCGUUCUCUAAUCUAUGCAGCUGCAGGGAAAGGACAGAAGUUUAGUACAGCGAUAGAAGAAGAAGAAACUGUCAAAUUCUGCUGGGAUCUUAUCAUAGCUGUGGCCUUAUCUAACAUCCACCGAUUCAACAUGUUCUGGCCAAGUUACCAUGAAUAUCUACUUAAUGUUGUAAACUUCCCUCUCUUUUCUCCCAUUCCGUUUGUUGAAAAGGGUAUUCCAGGUUUAUUCAAGGUCUGCAUCAAGAUUCUGGCCUCUCAGCUUCAAGACCAUAUACCAGAGGAGCUUAUCUUCAGAUCCAUAACGAUAAUGUGGAAGAUAGAUAAAGAAAUCAUCGACACAUGUUACGACACAAUAACAGAGUUUGUCAGCAAGAUCAUAACAGAGUACUCUGCUAAUCUUCAUACUCAGAUUGGUUGGAAAAGCGUUCUACAGCUACUUUCUUUGUGUGGAAGACAUCCUGAAACCAAAGAGCAAGCCGUGGAUGCUCUCAUCGGUUUAAUGUCGACCAACGCCUCGCAUCUCUCGCAGUCAAGCUAUGCUUAUUGCAUCGAUUGCGCCUUCAGUUUUGUGGCUCUAAGAAACAGCUCUGUUGAGAAGAACUUGAGAAUCUUGGAUCUCAUGACGGAUUCUGUUACAAUGCUGAUAAAAUGGUACAAAACUGCCUCUACUGAGACUGUGAAUACCUAUAGUGUGGCAAGUAACACAAGCAGUUCAUCAUCUGCGGAAGAAAACAGCUUGAGAGGAGUUAACUUUGUUCACCAUCUUUUCCUCAAACUCUCUGAGGCGUUUAGAAAAACGACACUAGCACGCAGGGAAGAGAUAAGGAACAGAGCAGUGACGUCUCUAGAGAAAAGCUUUAUCAUGGCCCAUGAGGAUCUUGGAUUCACGCCUUCAGGAUGUAUCUAUUGCAUCGACCAUGUUGUGUUCCCGACCAUCGAUGACUUGCAUGAGAAGCUUCUAGACUAUUCCAGGCGUGAGAACGCGGAAAGAGAGAUGAGAAGCAUGGAAGGGACGUUGAAGAUAGCGAUGAGAAUGCUUCAGAACGUGUUCUUGCAUUAUCUGCAACAGAUUGUAGGGAGUGCUGAGUUUAGAACUUUCUGGUUAGGAGUGUUGAGAAGAAUGGAUACAUGUAUGAAGGCGGAUUUGGGAGACUAUGGAGAUAAUAAACUUCAAGAGGUCGUGCCUGAAAUUUUGACCAUAAUGAUCGGUACGAUGAAGGAGAAAGAGAUUUUGGUACAAAAGGAAGAUGAUGAUCUCUGGGAGAUUACUUAUAUUCAGAUUCAAUGGAUUGCCCCUGCUCUCAAGGAUGAGUUAUUUCCUGAUGAAGAGAUCUAG